AUGGAUGCUGUGCGGAGCCUCCUUCUACUAAUCACCCGCAAAAUACCAUUACCGAUUCAAAACAUAGCCAUUUCUACAAUAGGUGACGAAUGCUACCAAAGACUUGUCCUCGAUAUCAAUCUCGAAUCUACAGAGUGCCUGAAGCUAGUCAUUUCUAAAGCAUUAGGAAUUGGUAUCAUCGGGGCCUCAUCUAUAGUCAAGGUACCACAGAUAUUAAAGUUGGUCAAAUCACGAUCAGCAGCUGGAAUAUCUUUCCUCUCUUAUUUGCUCGAAACCUCAUCAUAUCUCAUAUCUUUAGCCUAUAAUAUUCGGAAUGGAUUUCCCUUCAGUACGUAUGGAGAAACUAGCCUAAUUUUGCUCCAAAAUAUAGUUAUUUCGGCUCUAGUUCUUCACUACAGUGGAAACUCGAGUGCGGCGGCCACCUUUAUAUCCGCUUUAGCAUUCAGCACUGCCAUGUUACUAGAGCCGAGUUUUUUCGACCUAAAGCUACUUAGCUACCUUCAGGUUAUUGCUGGCCUCCUCGGAGUUUUUGGCAAAUUUCCGCAGAUUUGGACAAUUUGGAAGCAAGGUGGGACUGGGCAGCUGAGUGCAUUUGCGGCAAGAUCUCUUGCUCGCGUGUUUACUACGCUGCAAGAGGUUGAUGACAAGUUGAUUCUAUACAGCUUUCUUGCUGGGGCUUCCCUCAACGCCGUUCUCGCAGCACAGAUGUUAUACUAUUGGAAUGUACUUAAUAGGGAGCCAAGAAAGAUAAAAGAUAAACCAACCACAAAUUUAGCAGCUAAACAACCUAAAGCGACCCAAAAAAGCCAGGGCCCAAGUACCCGUAGGCGCGGUUAG